AUGACCGACACUAAACUUAUGGAUAUCGAGGCUGGCGGCGAACAAACACAGUAUGAAGGGGUCCGGCAGUUUAGCAAGACACCAGAGAAACAGACUGGACAGCUAGGUUACAACCUCCCACACACCAAAAGUCAAACGAGAACUACACUCGCCGGCGAUCAUAGCGAGGCAAAGGCGAAAAGGGAGGAUUCUAAAUUGGCGCACAAGCUCGAGCUUGGAGAGCGCACCUCUGGCAUAACUGGAUAUACCAACGAGAGUUCGGACGAAACCGAACAUGAUGCCGCCAAGUCUAGGAGAGAACAAGGGUAUGGGCCUGGCUCUGGGAUUGGUGCGUAGAUGCUUGAACCAGGGAAAGUUAAUAGUUUGAAUGAUAUAUCGGGUCUAUUGCGAUGCCGAUGGGCUUGAGGACGUGGACUUCGGGGGUUUAGACAAUUUGUCCGUUCCUAGAGGUGGGUUUCUUCGAGCUCGCUUCAAGCUCUCCAAUGUGACACCAUUGCCGAGCUUCGUAAGGCCAACAACUGGUGGAUCACCUUUAUUCACAAAUUCCCAGAGACCUGUAUAUAAAUCAAUGACUUGCGCUCACUUUUUUUUUUAAUGCAACUCUAAAACAUACCGGGUAGCU